AUGCAUGAAAAGAUAAAACUCUGUGGUGUUAAGCUUAUGGAGUGGAGUAAGCGAUCCUUUGGUAGUGUGAGGAAACAAUUGGAGGAAAAAUCAAAACUUUUGGAGAAGGCAGAAUUUGCAGCGGCACGAGGGGCAGAUUAUGAGACAGUGAGAUUACUAAGAAUGGAGGUCAAUGAACUGCUGGACAAAGAGAGCUUAAUGUGGCAGCAAAGGGCAAGAGCUUUGCACCUUAAGUGUGAUACUACUCAAGUGGCUGACAUUAUAGUUGGGUUUUAUACAAGGCUGUUCACAUUUGAAAGACCAACCACUACCCAGGGUAUUUUGGAAGUGAUACAAUCAAUAAUUACUGAAGAGAUGAACUCCAACCUAACUAGAGAUUUUACAAAACAAGAUGUUGAUCUUGCCUUGAAGGAGAUGGCCCCACUUAAGGCUCCAGGACCCGAUGGUAUGCCCCCUCUAAAGAUGUUGGGUUUUCAUAACCGUUGGGUUGAUCUUAUGAUGGAGUGUAUUACUACUGUCUCUUACUCCAUUCUGAUUAAUGGGGAGCCUUCACAAACCAUCUACCAUAGUAGAGGAUUGCGGCAGGGGGAUCCUAUAUCUCCUUACCUAUUCCUCCUCGUUACAGAGGGUUUACAUGGACUAAUUUCUAAAGCUGCCACUUCUGGUGAUAUUAGAGGUAUAUCUAUCUGCAAGAAUGGACCUCGUUUAACCCAUUUAUUUUUUGCAGAUGAUAGCCUGCUUUUCUUUAGAGCAUCAAUCCAGGAAUGCACACACAUACAAACCCUUCUUGCUACUUAUGAAGAAGCCUCUGGGCAACAACUAAAUAGAGAGAAAACAACACUAUUUUUCAGUAAGAAUACGGACAUUAAGGUCCAAGAUUCCAUUAAAGAUUUGCUAGGGGUACCUGAGAUUAAGCAGUAUGAAAAAUACUUAGGCUUACCAUCUUUUAUGGGUAAGCGUAAGAAAGCAAGCUUGGCCUACAUUAAAGAUCGAAUUUGGUCCAAGCUCCAAGGGUGGAAAGAGAAGCUCCUCUCCCAAGCAGAGAUUGAGAUUAUGAUUAGGAAGUUUUGGUGGGGCCAGCGUGGUACUAGGAGAAGUAUUCAUUGGUUCUUUAAAUCAAAAUAUUUCCCAUAUGGGUCAAUUUUUUAUGCUAAGGACAAUAAAGGGUUUUUUGCUUGGAAGAGUAUUUUGAAGGGUAGAGAACUCAUUAAGUGUGGAUUGAAGUGGAGGAUUGGGAAUGGUUCUCAGGUGCGAAUUUUCCAUGAUGCUUGGCUACCUGGGUCUCAGCAAGGCAAAGUCCUCUCCCCUGUCUUUGAGAGCCAUGCAAAUGCCUUGGUCUAUAGCUUAAUUAACCAUGAUGAUAGGUGCUGGAAAGUGGCAGAGAUUGACAGAUUGUUCUUACCUGAUGAGGCAGCAAUCAUCAAGGCCAUCCCACUCAGUUUGUUUGAUCAAACGAACCUUCCUUUUUGGCUGUAUACCCGUAAUGGAGUUUUCUCUGUUAAGUCAGGUUACCACUGUUUGAUGGAGCUUGAGGAUACAGAGCUGAAUGGUGCAACUAAUGAUGGGAUCAUCUCACCGGUUUGGAAGGCUGUUUGGCGAAUGCAUAUCCCAGACCGUGUAAAAUCUCUUGUGUGGCGAGCUGGGAGAAAUGCUCUUCCUACACGGAUGAAUUUGGUCCGUAGACACAUUUUAAUUGAUGCGAUGUGCUCAAAAUGCAAGGUACAGCCAGAGGACACGCUACAUGCUCUUUGGUCCUACCCAAUCCUACAGGAUGUGUGGAAAGUGAGCUUUAGCAAGCUAGUGGUAGAAACGAACUACAGUUUCAGUUUUCUUGAGGUACUUGAACAUGCAUCAACAGAUAAGUCCUCACUGGAGUUGUUUGCUAUGACGAUAUCGGAAAUCUGGCAGCGUCGAAACAAGGCCCGUGUGGGAGAGCCUAUUGUAUCAGCCUGUCAGGUUGCUUCCAAGGCACAUGGUGUGCUUCAAGAAUUCCAGCAACUUCGCCCCACUCAUACUGAUGGACUAGUUGGCAUCGGUGUGAUAAUCCGAAAUGAGCAAGGACUAGUUAUGGCUGCUCUUUCACAACAAAUUCCAUCACGUGCUUCGGUGGAGAUGGUGGAAGUGUUAGUAGCUCGUCAGGCUUUGGUGUUUGCAAAGGAACUUGGGUUUGACAAGAUGGUUAUGGAGGGUGACUCUGAAAUGGUUAUUAAGGCUAUUCAUGGUGACUAUAUGGAUUGUUCUUAUAUAGGUCAUGUACUACAAGAUAUUAAGCUUUUGUUUUCUAGCUUUUCCUUUAUUUCAGUUAAGCAUAUUCAUAGGGAAGGAAACUGUGUUGCCCAUAAACUUGCUAAACGGGCUAAUAGAAAUCCUUUUCUUGUCUGGAUGGAGUCUAUUCUUCUAGAUGUUCUUGAUGUUUAUCAACUUGAUCUUUUAAGGAUGCAUUAA